AUGAAGGCAAACAAGCAUUUCCGCUGUAACGUCUGUCAGCGCGGGUUCACGCGUACUGACCACCUCAAACGCCACCAUUUGCGCCAUUCAGGCCAGAAACCCUAUUCCUGCAUAUUUUGCAAUGAUUCGUUCGCACGCUGUGACAAUCUGCGCGACCAUUAUACCGAUUGCACUAGACGUGGGGAUCGCGAAAUCCCUGAGACAGGUCAGAGGGGUAGGCGGCGACAUGCCUGUCAAUCGGUUAGUCGCGACCAGAUUACCCGAAACCCUACCGCAGAUAUUGACAUUUUCUUGGCCAAACAGUGUACCUCGAUGAAAUUACGAUGCGAUGGACGAAGCCCUUGCGGGUCGUGCCAGAAGAGGAAGUUGAUGUGUAACAACGAGCGGACGGCAGACCCGACCCUCGGAGCAAUUAAAGCAGGCUCAAGCCUUGAAUCAGGUAAGGCGCAAUGGAAGCCCCAUACCAAUCAUACAGAUAUCUCAGCGCAACACGAAAUCUCCGACCAGCCAUCAUUUGACAGAGGAUCAAUCAAGUUUCUACUUAAUGGUGGCACCGAUAGCUUCACACAAAACUUUCGACUUCCGCCAUGCAGUGAUCGGGGGCGCAGUCUCAAUUAUCAUAACACAAAUGGCUUCGAAGAACUUCAGGGUACAGGGCCUCCAUACAAGAUCGAUGGCGGGUUCAUUGAUCCCGACUCUGUCCCGCCGCAAUUCUUCCAAGACAAAUUCCUGGAUUUUUUUCAUGGCCCUUUUGGUGAUGGUCAGAAGCCCACGGAUAAUCCUUAUUAUACCGGGGAACUUGACGACCAGCUUGUUACCCCUCCGGGGCAGCAUCCGACAUCACCUGGAGAUGCCGCCAUCAUGGAACCGGAGCGACCGUUCACGAUGGCAUUAAUUCAAUCAAUAUUGGCACAAGCGUGGCAGGUCCCGCUUGAUCCUAAGGCGCAAGAAGCGGUGUCUGCGAAUCUUCACUUUCUGUUGACCACCGCGCGCAUACGAAAAUACAUUGCGCUCUAUUUCAAAUACUGGCAACCUAGCUGUGCAAUGCUUGCUGUAUCCUUUGAUCCGGAGACAGUUCCCCUGCGGCUCUUGGCUGCGGUAGUCUUCAUGGGCGCAAUGUACAGUAGUGACCAAAGGGAAGUGUACGCCGCCAAGAGAGUGCUAGAUUUUGCAGAGUUAUUCGUCUUUGCGAAUGAUGUUUUCUCCACCGAGAGCGAAAUUACUGCUAUGUUCUCGGGUGGUCGAUGCGGCGAGGAAAGUAGCGAUUGGAAUUGGUUCCAGAACUUUCAAGCUGGGGUUAUCAUUACCAUCGUUCAAUACUGGGCAGGAAACCGCUUGUCUCGAUAUCGAGCGAUGGAAAAUCGAUUCAGUGAGGUUGUGAAGGUUGCUCGACGAAUUGAACUUGUGAAAGCUCGUCAUCUUCCUGGUGACCAGAACUAUCUCCAUCAUUUCGCUGCUCGAUUGCGCAUUCUUUUUUUCCAAAACUACCCGUGUCGCCUCACACACACUGAAAUGGAAUGCGAUUUGCCCUGCGAGGAAUCGCUUUUCUGCUCCGAGCACCCAUUUGCUGAGCCAAACUUUUGUUUUUCGCGCGGUCUAAUGGUUUCGGAGGCCUUUGAAAAUUUGUUUCACGAAGCACCCGAGUCUACUCCGAUGAAACUCACAGCUUUAGACAUGUUUAUCCUGAUUCAUAUUCUAUUCUCAUUCAUUAAUACCCAUAUGACACUUCUCGGCUCUAUCAUCCGCAGACGCCAUUCCAAAAAUCCUUGCAGAAAUACCAGGAUUGGCACGGACGACACCAGCAAGAUUCCUGAAGACUCUAUCCUCAUUUCCCUCCGGACUGCUCUAUCACGCUGGCGUGAUUAUUGGAUUGCACUUCGCAGCAGAGUCACAAGUGACGAGUGGAGGUCCAUGGGGUUUUAUAAGAAUGGGUAUAACUUUUGGCUUGUCUCGCAACUGCUUAUUACCAACAAGAACGCUGUUGAUGUGGUGAUGCAAAUGGAGGUCCACUGCGAAGAUAAGUUGGAGAAGCUGAAGGUAUUGUUGCUUGACGACCAGGAAGAUCUAUAA